CCUAUAUUGAAGGACUGGAAGCAAUGAAGAGGAGGCGAAGUGAUAGUAAUGCUGGUCAGUACAGCAAAAAGCGUCCAUUUUCAAGACAAGCGAGGAAAAAAUCCAGUACUAUUGAUUUUGAAAAACAUGAAGAGAAAAUGAUGAAACAAAAAUCGAGGGAAGAAGCAGAACGGAAGUUAUUGAAAGAACCUCACUCCAUUGUCAUUCAUCGGGGAAAAGUUGGACAGUUUGUGCGUGCUCUGGAGCAAGAUAUACGUGUCAUUAUGGAACCUUUUACUGCUUCGAAACUUAGAGUGAUGAAGCGGAACAAUCUAAAAGAUUUUAUCGUGAACGGUACAGUUCUUGGCGUUACACAUUUGCUUGUGUUGACUCGUGGAGAAAAUUGGAUAACGUUAAGAAUUAUUCGAUCUUCUCAAGGACCAACAUUAACUUUCCGAGUGAAAGAAUACACGUUAGCAAGGCAUAUUAUUUCGGCAUCAAAACGCAAAAUGCAUUUCCAGCGAUUAUUCACUACUGCUCCAUUAAUCGUGAUGAGUGGUUUCAACUCAAACUGCGGUCAACAUUUGCGACUUGUGCAGUCUACAUUUCAGAAUAUGUUCCCUACAGUAAAUGUCGACACAGUGGACUUGUCUACUACUCGACGCUGUGUGCUGAUCAACUACAGUGUCUGUGAUGACACUAUCCAGUUGAGACAUUACGCAAUCAAAGCAGUUCCUGCAGGAUUAAGCAAGUCGACCAAAAAGUUGAUUCAAAGCAAGAUUCCGGAUUUAUCGAAAUACAAGGAUAUCGAAGAUUACUUUCUAAAUCCUGGUCAGUUGAGCGAAAGUGAGUAUGAGUUUGAACAAAAGGAGGUCAAGCUACCGCAACACUUAACAACACGAGGAUGUUUAGAGGGACAGAAAACAAAUAUAAGACUUUAUGAGCUUGGUCCUCGGCUAACUUUGCAAUUAACGAAGAUCGAAGAAGGUGUUGAUGAGGGCGAAGUUCUUUAUCAUGCCUACAUCACGAAGUCUCCCAAGGAACUGAUUCGGUUACUAAAAGAAUUGCCGAAAAAGAAGAAACUGAAAAAGAAAAUGCAAAUGAAAAAUGAACGACGGGUCAUCCAUCGUUUGAAAAUUCUGGGUGAAAAGAAAGCCAAAUUAGAGGAAUCUUUGAAGGAAGAAAGGGAAAAUUUAAUAAGAAAACAGAAAGAAGUUACUGGUCAUGAACAAUUCGAUGAUUGAUCUAUGAUUCAUGUGCAUGCUUAAUUUUGACGGUUCUUUUUUCUUUCUCCUGCUCUUGGUAUGUGCUUUUGAAAUCGGGAAUUUGAGGGUUCAUUUUGAUUUAAACGAAUUUUCUUUUGGUUUUUUUCUUUUUGUCCGUUUGCUUAAUUCACAAAUGAAACCUGGUAGAUCUUAGCAACUUUAUUUCCUUUUGUUUGUAAUGUUGGGAAUAUUUUGCUUUUUCCAUACUAAAUGUAUCAAAUUUACGAGUGGUUCUGACAGGAAUUUCUUCUUUUCAUCUUAAGAACUUUGCGAACGAAAUUAUGCUCAAACGAAGGAGAAAUGGGUCUAAAUAAUUUAAUGGUACUUUGUCAAUCGGGCCGAAAAUUGAGUGUGAUCGUACGUUAGACCUAAAUAUCUUAGAAAGAUCAUCAACUGACACGCAAGUCAGUGAAAUCAUUGAAAUCACCUUUUUUUUGUUUCUUUUUCUUGUCCAACGGUUUAACUUAUGGCCAUGCUGAGUUUUCAAGUGGAUCGACGUGAUAUUUCAAGUUAUGAACCUUAGCUGAUAAAUUUUCCUGGUUUUUGCGUCUUCAAUAAUAGUUCCUUUUGUUGUAACUGACAGUUUUAUGUUGUAAGUGUUGCCAAGGGACGGAGAAAAUCGAACGGCAGAUCGCUUGUGACGAGCCAUUUCAGCUUUAUUAAUUUGUGUCUGUGUAAGCACUGAUUCUUCAAAGGAUUGAAAACACAGCUCAGUAUAACAUGUUUCGUGC